CGCACGGGCAACAGCAGCAGCAGCAGCAGCAGCGUCUUGUAUUCAAGAAAAUGGAUGCCGCCGGUAUCUCGAAUCGCAGUGCUGUCGGAACAGACGAUAGUCGGGAUUGGGAUGCCACCGGUCAUGACGACACAGCAGAUGAGGAGAACACGUUGAAGAUCUUCGUCGCUACCGACUGCCAUCUUGGGUAUCUGGAGAAGGACGAGGUUCGUCGGGACGAUUCUUUUGUCGCUUUCGAGGAGAUUUGUCGUUUAGCGUGUGAACACAAAGCCGAUUUCAUGUUGCUAGGCGGCGACCUGUUCCACGAGAACAAGCCGUCCAGGUCCACUCUGGUCCGCACGAUCGAGAUGCUGCGCAGGUACUGCUUGAGCGAUGAGCCGGUGAAGUUUCAGGUCGUCAGCGAUCAGACCGUCGACUUCCCUACCAUCUUCGGCCACGUCAACUACGAGGAUCCUCACUUCAACGUCGGCCUGCCCGUCUUCACCAUCCAUGGCAAUCACGACGACCCUGCCGGGGUGGACAACCUCUCGGCCAUCGACAUCUUAUCGGCUUGCAAUCUCGUUAAUUACUUCGGUAAGACGUCGCUGUCGGGAUCGGGAGUCGGGACCAUAUCGAUCCGUCCCGUCCUGAUACGCAAGGGGGAGACUCAAGUCGCCCUCUACGGCCUCGGUAAUAUCCGAGAUGAGAGAUUGAACAAGAUGUUCCAGAUGCCACGUGGCGUGCAGUGGUUGAAGCCAGUCGAUCAGGCGGGGCUGAGAGCGGACGCGUGGUUCAAUAUCUUCGUCCUCCAUCAAAAUCGACUCAAGUCCAAUCCCAAGAACGCGAUCAGCGAGUACCUUCUCCCGCGCUUUUUGGACUUGGUCAUCUGGGGACAUGAGCACGAGUGCUUGAUUGAUCCGCAGGUCGUCACGGGGAUGGGUUUCCAGAUCAGCCAACCGGGAUCUUCGGUUGCGACCUCGUUGAUCGCCGGCGAGGCGGAGCCUAAGCACGUGAUGCUUCUUGAAGUCCGUGGUCGUGAGUUCCUUGCCACGAAGGUACCGCUCAAAUCCGUCCGCCCAUUCCUCUACGCCGAGGUGUCACUCAAAGACGAGCCCGAUCUUGAAGCUCAAGAUCCUGCGGCCGUCGCUGCUUUCCUCAACGACAAGGUCGAAGAGCUACUCAAUCGCUCUGCUCCAGCAGCAGCGGGAACAGCAGCCGCGCAGAGCAGAGGCGGCGGCGGCGGCGGCAGAGGAAGACAAGAAGAUGGAGAUGGCAAUGGAGAUGGCCGCGAACGCGAUCGCCGUCAUCUUCCCGCCCACGGCGAAGCUCCGGCUAUGGCGGCGGCGGCGGCGGCGGCGGCUCCAUCUGCCCCUGGCGGCGGCGGCGGCGGCGGCGGCGAGCGUACGUUGCCAAUUGUCCGAAUUCGGGUCGAUUACACCGGGUACACGACGAUCAAUCCGCAGAGAUUCGGUCAAAAGUGGGUGGGGAAGGUGGCAAACCCGCACGAGAUCUUGUUGUUCACCAAGGCGGCGAAGAAACGACAAACGACCAAGCAACAAGGUGGGGAUGGGGAUCCCGAUGGGCCGGAGGACGAAAUGCUGAGGCCGGAGGAACUCAAUCAACAGAACAUCGAGGCGUUGAUUGCAGAGAGCCGUCUAGAGAUGGAGGUGAUCCCCGACCAGAUGCUAGGGCGAGCGCUGCACGACUUCGUCAGCAAAGAGGAGAAGAUGGCCUUUCAUAGCUUGGUCAAGGAGCUGCUUGAUGACACGCGGGAAAGGCUGGUGGCGGAAUGGAGAGCAGUGGGCGGGGGCGGGGGAGGGGAGAUGAUGAGUAGUGGGGAUAUGGAGAUGGAAGUCUUGGAAGGAAUUUGCCGCCAGAUGCUGCGUCGCCAAGGAGAAGAAGAAAAAGCGCGCCGAGCCGCCGCCGCCGCCGCCGCCGAAGGCUCGGCCAGUGCUAGCGGCGGCACGCUCCAGCCGUCUUCGUCCAAUACCGGGAUCGGGAUGGAUGACGAUGAUGGGUCGAUAAGUAGAAGGAGAGCGUCGGGAGGCGGCGGCCACAGAGGUGGCCAAGCAUCAGGUAUGUCGGGAUCUCUCCUGCAUCGCGCAGCGACAAGAGGAGGAGGAGGAGGAGGAGGAGGAGAGGGUGCUUCCACUAAGCGAAGGACCUUCUUCGGUGAUCCCGAGGGAGAAGAGAGUGGGGAAGGAGGAGGAGGAGGAGGAGGAGGAGGAAGAGGAGGAGGAUAUGAGUCGACAGGCACGAGACACGUGGGCGGAUCGACGAGGAGUGGCCUUGAUUACGGAGAUGAUGACGUGGACGAUGACGAAGAUGAAGACAUGGCUAUGGCGACGGAGAGAGGAAGCAAGAGAGAUGGUGGUCAAAGGGGAAGAGGACGGGGGAGAGGGAGGGGGGUUGGGAGAGGGAGGGGGUCUUCGUCUGCCUCUCGACAUGGAGGAGGUCGGUCCAUGAGACAGACGACUUUGAAUAUGAUGAUGAGUAGCCAGCGGGCGCCUACGGCUGCUGGUGCUUCUGUGGAUGUAAGGGGGAGAGGGAGGAGGGAGAAGUUGGGAGGUGAAGGGGGUCUGAGUGGUGCUGAGGAGGACGAUGAUCCUUUGGUUGGAGAUUCCGAGGAGGAGGAGGUGGAGGAAGAGAGAGGUCAAUCUGCUACGAAGCUUGGUCACGGACGGAAGAGACAGCUGUCGGGAUCGACCGCCAUAUCUGGUGCUUCGUCCUUAGGGGUUGGAAGAAGACAAGGCAGAGCUCUGGCUAUGGAGGAGGAUGAGGAGGGGGGGAGGGCGAGGAAGCGGACGCGUGGGGUCGGUGGGCCCACGUCCUCCUCCAUUUCUAGACCGCCGAGCUAUGUCGAAGACGAUGAAGACGACGAAGAGGAAGACGAUCAACGGUUGUCGGCGCUUGCGAAAUCUGGAAGAGCGGGAAGAGGGAGAGGGACGGGGAGAUACACUGCCUUCCGUUCCAACGAUGAUAGCGGGAGGCAAACUUCACAACUGUCGAAACGAUGGGGAUCACUUCGUAAAUGAAUAAAUAUAAAAAAUCAGAUCUCUCUCUCUCUCUCUCUCUCUCUCUCUCUCUCUCUCUCUCUCUCUCUCUCUCCUGUCUGUCUGUCUCUCUCUCUCCUGUCUGUCUGUCUCUCUCUCUC